AUGCGCCCCUCCUUCUCUCGCCGCCGCGACAGUUCCUGGAUGCCGCGACGAAUGGAGCCGGGGUCGUCCUCGUCGUCGGGCUCCGACUCGCCGGCCCUCCGCCCCGUCAAACCCGAGCUGAAGGAGACACCACUUGGGCGUCGCGCUCGCAGCGGCGCCCUCGUCAUCAAGGAGCCCUCGCCUGCGGUGGCACCGACGAGGCGCUCCCUUCGUCUGGUCUGGCUAAAGCCCGAGCUGGACAUGCUUCCCGUGAAGCCGGAGCACGCCGGCAUGGUGCGCCGCCAGCGUCGGGCGUACCUGGAGACCCAGGCCCGUAGCCGCGCCGAGGCCCGUCGCCGCGCCGAGGAGGGCGGUGUUAUCGUCAUCGACAGCGACGACGAGGGCGAGGCCGGGCCGUCAAGCGUUGUCCGCGACCCCGGCGAGGGAUGCAGCAGGGACGCCGCAAGUGAGGCGCACGACGACGACGACGACUACACCCGCUUUUACAGGCUUCUCGGCAUUGGCAGCCCCACCUGUCAUCAAUCAAAAAGUAAAAGAAGAAACUACCUCCCCCUUUCCUUCUCCCCCGUCUCCGGACUAUUUUCUUUCCCCGAAGCGCCUCGCCUCCCCUCCGAUCCCGCCACGAAGCAAGGGCUCGCCAUGGAGACCAGCGCCAGCGGGGCGGAGCCCGCGAACGCCGGGAUCGAGGUGUCCGCUGACCCCUGCAGCUCCGCGGGCGGCGGCCAUCGACUCUCAGUGCACCAGAUCGUUGGCGGCGGCAAAGCUGCUGAUAUCAUCUUAUGGAAGUGUAAACGUGCUACUGUUGGUGUUAUAUUUGGUGCUACUAUUGCAUGGUGGUUGUUCAAGAAGUCCGAACUAUCGUUCUUGACUAUCUGCUGUGAUGUACUGCUCAUUUUGAUAGUUGUACAGCUCAUAUGGGUCAAAAUAUCUGGGUUGCUAAAUAAGCAACCUAGGCAACUGCCUGAGUUAGUUCUGUCAGAGGAGAUGGUUAAUAAUGCUGCGGCUUCAUUCCGUGUUAAAGUGAACAACAUGCUAAUGAUUGCACAUGACAUUACUCUUGGCAAAGACUUCCGGCUCUUUUUCCAGGUUGUGUCGGUCCUGUGGUUGCUAUCUGUUAUUGGCAAUUUCUACUCUUCUGUAACUCUUGCUUAUAUAGGAACCAUUGCUCUGGUGACAGUACCUGUACUUUACCAUAGACACCAGGAGCACGUGGACAGGUAUGCUGGGAUGGUCCACCGGAAUAUCUCAAGGCAUUACAAGAUCGUCGACGAAAAUGUGAUAAGCAGACUACCUAGAAGCUUCAUCAGAGAUAAAGAUGAUUGAUCUGCGUCAAAGUUUGAUGCUUGUCAUUUUUAUGCUCGUUAAAUAGUUUGGGUUUGUUGUAUUUCUGCAUCGUAGGUUGCAUCAAGUAGGUAUCUAGAUCAGUGGAAACCGAAACUUGAUUUAGGUACCUUUUCAGUGUACUGUUGAUCAAUAAGAUCAAUGCCAAAAGGGCAUGCAGAAGAUCGCAGCACCUCGACCAAUAUCCUUGAACACAUCUGUAUAGACUGAUCUACGUGUUACCCCUGAUGUUUUUUUUUCAUCUCUUUUGAGAUGGACCA